AUGAGCAAAACACCCGUUCUCGGUUCUUUCAAUCAUCUAUCACUUUGUGUCGGUGAUUAUGAAGAAAGUAUUAAAUUUUAUGAUUCUUUUCUAACCCAGCUUGGAUAUAAACAGAAAAUUAUUAAUGAUAAAUAUACGAUGUGGAUUAAUUCACUUAGCGGAGGACAAAUUGCUAUUUCUCCAACUCGUCCAGAAAAUAAAGAAUCCAAACAUGUUAGAUAUUCAGUCGGAUAUCAUCACAUAGCAUUAAAUGCUUCGUCUCGUGAACAAGUCGAUAAAUUUCAUGAAUUUUUAGUGAAAAACGAUUAUAAAGUUUUGGAUGAACCAAAAGAAUACGAUUAUGUUCCUGGUUAUUACGCUGUGUUUUGGACGGAUCUUGAUGGUAUGAAAUUUGAACUUUGUCACGUUCCCAUACCAAACGUUCAAGAAGACCAUACUCCUACCCCUAAAGCUGAUAGCGUAGAAGAAACGAAUGGCGAUAAGAGUGACAUUCCGAUGAGACCUGAAGGAAAGGAUCACGAAAAUAGCGGCGAAUCAGAUGAAAACGUCAACGUAAUCGGAACCGUUACUGAGAAACCAAAUAUUCACCUUCCAAAGAAUAUCACGGUCCCAACUGGUAAUAAAUUCAAAUUCUUGCUUUCAGCUUAUGGGGUGCAGAUUUAUAAAUGUGUAGUUAAUAAAGAUGGUGUUCCAAAUAAUUGGACUCAAGUGACUCCCGAUACGUAUUGCGUGAAUGAUAAACGCACUGAAUCUUUUGUACCAGAAUAUGAAGUUGCCUAUCAUUACUUUCUAAAAAAACCUAUUCACGAAGGUAGGGCCGUGUGGGAAUCGUUGGUGAAAGGAGAUGAUUCUUUAUUGGUGGCGAAAAGUGUCGCAACAAAUGUUUCACCUGAUGGAAAUAUGCAUCUUCCAUGGCUUGUUAAUGAGGUCACUUAUCAUGAAGGCAAAGGAAGAUUUAGCGAUAUCACUUAUGUCCUACGGGUCAACACUGUAGAAGGAAAUCCUCCUCCUAAUGAAUACUGUGGAAUUCAUUAUCAAGGUGGCGCAAUCGUGAAAGUGGCUUAUUCGGCUGAUUAUUG